GCCCCAGGUUUCCCAGCAAGCCCCAACUCCUCGGCGUUCCGUCCGAUGCAGAGGUCAGCGCUGCGCCAACCGCCAACCACGCUGCGCAUACCCAAGUCAUGUGGGCGCUGACGGCGACGAGCGUCUUCACAUGCAACAGCUGAACCGUUGCUUGAAUUUCGCAUCAGCAGCGCAGUGCAGGCCGGGCUUGGUGAGGCUCACGCAUUGCCAGCAGACAAACAGCCGCCGCCUGAUUGGCCCGCGCGGCGACAACCUUGAAGGUGCAUGCGGGUUAGCGCAUUCUCCACUUCCGAGGCACAAGUUGCGCUUCAAGUGCUAGACGGAAGCCGAGCAGCCAUCCGUUGCAUCCAUACAAAGCAGAAGCCGGUCCCCAGACUUUUCGCCUUCAUCUGCUCUCUCUCCAUACCCCGUCUUUUCUCCCCUUCCCUCUUCAACCGCAUCCAUCACCAUGCCUGAGAGAGUAAUUGUUGUUGGCGCUGGCCUGUCCGGCUUGAGCGCUGCUCACACCAUCUACCUUGCUGGCGGAAAUGUCGUUCUCCUCGACAAGAACAACUUCAUGGGAGGCAACUCCACAAAGGCCACAUCGGGAAUCAACGGUGCUCUCACAAGGACACAAGUCGACGAGAAGAUCGGCGACAGCGUCAAGCAGUUCUACGAUGACACACUCAAGUCUGCGCGAGACAAGGCGCGACCAGACCUGAUCAAGGUCCUGACCUACAAGUCGGCUGCUGCCGUUGAGUGGUUGAUGGACGUCUUCAACCUAGACCUCACUCUCGUCUCGCGGUUGGGUGGUCACUCCCAACCCCGUACCCACCGUGGCCACGAUGCCAAGUUCCCUGGUAUGGCCAUCACAUACGCUCUGAUGCAACGAUUCGAAGAGUUGGCCGAGCAGGAGCCGGAGCGCGUCCAGCUCGUCAAGAAGGCCAAGGUCUCCAAGAUCAACACCGAGGGCAACCGCGCUACCGGUGUCACAUACACAUUCGGCGGUGAGGAGACGACACUCGAGGGACCCGUCAUUCUGGCGACUGGUGGUUACGCCGCAGACUUCACAGAGGACUCUCUUCUCAAGAAGUGGAGGCCAGACACAUACGACCUCUCCACCACCAACGGCGCUCACGCUACCGGUGACGGACACAAGAUGUUGAUGAAGAUUGGUGCCAACGGCAUUGACAUGGACAAGGUCCAAGUGCAUCCUACUGGUCUCGUCGACCCCAAGGACCCUACCGCAAAGACCAAGUUCUUGGCCGCUGAAGCUCUCCGUGGUGAAGGUGGUAUCCUGCUCAACAACAAGGGCAAGCGCUUCUGCGACGACCUCGGUCACCGCGACUACGUGUCCGGCAUGAUGUGGACCGAGAAGGAGAAGGGCAACUGGCCCAUUCGCCUCGUCCUCAACUCCAAGGCAUCCAAUGUCCUCGACUUCCACACAAGACAUUACUCCGGCCGUGGCCUGAUGAAGAAGAUGACCGGUGCGGAGCUCGCCAAGGAGAUUGGUGUCAGCGACAAGGACCUCCAGGCCGAGUUCCAAAGCUACAACUCCAUUGCCAAGGGCGAGAAGAAGGACGAGUGGAACAAGAAGUACUUCCACAACCUGCCCUUCGACAUCAACGACACCUUCCACGUUGCGCAGAUGGAGCCUGUACUCCACUUCACCAUGGGUGGUAUCGAGAUCAACGACCAAGCACAGUGCUUGAACUCCGACGGCAAGCCAUUCGAGGGUCUGUACGUCUGUGGUGAGCUUGCUGGUGGUGUUCACGGCGCCAACCGUCUCGGUGGUUCAUCACUCCUUGGCUGCGUCGUCUACGGUCGUGUAGCAGGAGACUCUGCCUCCAAGUACCUUUUCCAACAAGCCCUCAACAAGACCGGUGGCGCUGCCGUCAACCGUCUCGGUCAGAUCUCGCUACACAUCGACCCAUCGCAACCGGGCAAGGUCUCCGUCGAGUGGGGCAACGGUGUCAGCGGAAACGCUCAAGCCAGCUCUUCAUCAGAUCCCGUUGAGCAACAAAAGCAGCUGUCUUCCGCACCUGUCAUGUCCUCAAACGGCGACUCAAGUGACCCUGGCAAGGUUUCCAAGCCCAACGCACCCAAGAAGUUCAGCAUUCCCGACAAGGAGUUCUCGCUCGAGGAGGUUGCAAAGCACAACAAGAAGGAUGAUCUCUGGAUUGCAGUAAAGGGCAUUGUUAUGGAUGUCACUAACUGGACAGACGAGCACCCAGGAGGUCCUCAGGCGCUCUUCAGCCACAUGGGCAAGGAUGCGUCAGAGGAGUUUGAGAUGUUGCACGACGACGAGGUCAUUCCCAAGUACGCCCCCGAGAUCGUUAUUGGUCGGGUCAAGGGUCAAGAGGUGACACUUGAGUACUAGAGGAAGGGAAAAUGUUGUUUGUACUUUUAGCAUGUUCGAAAUGAUAUCACCUGCAUAUUUUC